UGAAAAUAUACUGUCUAAGAUCCCUCAGUUGAGCGAGUUUGGCUAUGGAGUUAAAGCAUUCUACUUGAAUAGUCAUGUCAUCAGCAGCCAUAAUGAUCGAUGAUUGCACCAUCAGAGCCCGCGCGGGGUCGAGGUUGAUAAUUCAGCAUAUAUUAAAGCAACGAAAGAUCACAACGCCCUGUCUUCGUACUACCUGACUGAAUUUUGCUGUCAUUCAGUAUACCCUCAGUCAACUUCAAGCCCAACAUGACCACCACAGUGACGAUCACCGCUCAACAGCCCGAUAUCCAGUACACGCCCGACGUGGACAAAUGGCGUGCUCGUGCGGAGCAUCGCUUGCGCUCAGAGAAUCUUCCCGGGGCACUUCCUUCCGGGUUUCCAUCAAAGCUCGACUCUGAUUUAGUCUGGGAAGGCAAGGAUAUCGCAGAGCGGUAUAAUUGGACCUAUGUCCUGACCGAGGCUGACCUAGAGGAGAUUGAUGCUGCACUGCAGCAUUUCAAAGCACUGGACAAGUCCCUUGGCUUCAUCGACCCGGAGACCUUCCCACUACCAACGCUGCACUCGACGUUACGUGGUAUCUCGCGUGAGCUCCAUAACGGACACGGAUUCAAGGUUGUUAGCGGUGUGCCGGUCGACAAGUACUCGCGUGAGGAGAACAUAAUCGUCUAUGUGGGGAUCUCCGCGCAUGUCGCUCCAAUCCGUGGUCGCCAGGACUCGUCCUAUGACGGCAAGCCGGCAGACGUGAUGCUCAAUCACAUAAAAGACUUGAGCGGCCAGGAGGGGAGCAAGGGGCGCAUUGGGGCACCGGCAUAUACAACAGACAAGCAAGUCUUUCAUACUGAUCAGGGAGACAUCAUCUCCCUCUUUGCCCUCAAUGCGGCCGCAGCCGGCGGCCAGAGUAAGCUGGCCAGUAGCUGGCGCGUGUACAAUGAGUUGGCGGAAACGCGACCUGAUCUGAUCCGCACGCUCGCGGAGAAUUGGCCUUUUGAUGGAUUUGGCAAUCCUCAGAACCCAUAUCAUGAGCGUCCGCUUCUCUUCCAUCAGGCAGCCACCGGCACGCAACCUGAACGCGUGGUGAUUCAAUACGCACGCCGUAGCUUCACUGGAUUCCAGGACUUGCCCAGGUCCAAGAAUAUUCCUCCCAUCACCGAGGCACAUGCGGAAGCUUUGGACUCGCUGCACUUUUUGGCUGAGAAGUUCGCAGUCGGCUUGGACUUCCGUAAGGGGGACAUUCAGUACAUCAACAAUUUGAGCAUCUUCCAUGCUAGAGAUGAGUUUCAAGACACCCCGGAGCAGCAGCGCCAUCUCAUUCGUCUCUGGCAGCGCGAUCCGGAGUAUGCUUGGGACACACCCGUCCCGUUGGCCAAAGCCUGGAAGCAGCUCUACGAAGGAGUCACCCCUGAGGCGCAGCUCUUUCCCUUGGAGCCUUACAUCCGGAGUGCGGCAGCUGGUGGUAGGAAGCAUUGGUUUGUCAAUGCGUCUAUAUGAUGCUAUUAGCAUAUUCUACCGUGUUCACCCCCGGUGUCGACUAUUUACCUUGCAUCGCGUGCACACCUGUACAUCGCAGCAGCACGCUUGUUGUUCAGCUCCAUUAAUUGUGGAUCUUAUCAGCGAACAUAUAUGUUUGCCUAGUCUAAGCCAUUGAAACCGGAACACGGCCGAAAUCAGAUCUACUGGAGACAAUGACCAUAGCCAGACUAAUUU